AAUCGCAGUUAAUGCGUACGAUUAACUCAAAACAAAUUAAUGUUUUUUUUUAAUGAGCGUUAAUAACACACCAGGAUGCCGUGCUAGGGGACGCCGCUGCAUGGCUUCUGGGCAGAGUAGCCCCUUCUCCAGCUGGUCCGGUCCACAUCUGCCUCAGCCUCCCUUUCCUCCCCUCCCUGGAGACGCCCCAGGCCAACCUGCUCUGGACUGGGAGCCUGCCUCUUGUGUGCUGCGCAGAGUGGGGGCAGCGAGGCUGAUGUCGGCGUGUCCCCCUAUCACCACCCAUGUACCCAGCCGCUGCUGAGCUGGGAUCAGGGUAAAGUGGGAGCCUGUCUGAUGCUGGCUCAGGAGUGAAUGCUGCCGACAGCAGCUGCUACUGGCUGAAAAAGGAUUCAGGCCCCUGAGUGCUCUGCUUAAAGAGAGAAUUCUCCCUCCCCACACUUCCCCCUCAACACCAAAAAUAUUUAAAUCAUGUUAUUCUAUUAUCGUUUAACAGUACGAUUGAAACUGCAAUUAAUCACAGACUAUUGUUUUAUUUUUAUGAUUAAUUGUGAUUAAUUUUAUUAAUCGUUUGAUAGCCCUAAUAUAGAUGCUUAUUGGUGACAUGUUAAUUCAUAAUGUAAAAUUCAGGAGCACAAUAUUAAUUCAGAAAGCAGCAGGGAGUUUUGUAAUCUUGCCUCGUUAGAUGGACAAACAUUUAAGAAAAGGCAAUGAACUAGAGAGAAUUAAGCUUUUAGGGGAAUCAGUGUUUGUUGGGACAGUUAUAGAGUAUCUAUUUUAGAUGUAAGUCUUGCUGAUUUAUUUCUUGGAUGUAUAACAUGCUAAGGUCUUCUAGAUGCAUAUUCAACUUUUAAAAACAUGAAAAACUUGUCAUAAUUAAACUUCGUAUUCAGGUAUUAGAUUUGAGAUGUUUGCUUUGUCUUCAGUAAGUUAAAAUACUGUUGAGAAAUAUCAUUUUUUGCAAGAUAGGACAUGCACUGUAAGAGAUUCAUAUUGCUGUAUUUCUCUUACCAUGUAGCAGAAUUGCAUUCUUUGUCAUACACAGAUUUAUGUAUGCUGGUCUUUGGGCAACUGCCAGCAGCUGGUCUUUGGUGGUGGUAGCAGCAUGUAGUUCUGUCCACUCUUCUCCCAUAAGAAGAGGAUCCAGGUUAUUCAGCAAUAGUUAUGAACUCCCGGUUACGAGCAUUAGGUGGGAGGAUAAAUAAUAUACGAGCAUCAGAACUACCAAAAGAGAAAACCCGAUCAGAGAUCAUCUGUAAUGUCCACUUUUUGGAUGGCUCAGUACAAAGCUUCAAAGUCAAUAAACAAGAUACUGGUCAGGUUUUGUUGGAUAUGGCCUAUAACCACUUGGGUGUGACAGAGAAGGAAUAUUUUGGUUUACAACAAAGUGAAGAGUCAGUAGAUUCCCCUCGAUGGCUCGAAUCAAGCAAACCUGUUAGAAAACAGCUUAAAGGAGGUUUUCCCUGCACCAUCCAUUUUCGAGUAAGAUUUUUUAUACCUGAUCCCAACACACUGCAGCAGGAACAAACCAGGCAUUUAUUCUUCUUACAACUGAAGACAGAUAUUUUGGAAGGAAGGUUGUUAUGCCCUCUUAAUUCUGCUGUUGUCCUCGCAUCUUAUGCUGUACAGUCUCAGUUUGGAGACCAUAACUCUUCAGUACAUCGUUCAGGAUAUCUCUCAAAUUAUCGUUUCAUACCAGAUCAGAACCAAGAUUUUUUAACCAAAGUAGAGUCACUACAUGAACAGCACAGUGGUCUCAAGCAAUCUGAAGCAGAGUCCUGUUAUAUAAACAUAGCACGAACCCUUGAAUUCUAUGGAGUAGAAUUACACAGUGGUAGAGAUCUACAUAAUCUAGAUUUGAUGAUUGGAAUUGCUUCCGGAGGUAUUGCUGUGUACAGAAAAUUUAUUUGCACAAGUUUCUAUCCCUGGAUGAACAUAUUAAAAAUUUCUUUUAAAAGGAAAAAAUUUUUUAUACAGCAACGGCAAAAACAUAAUGAAUCCAGAGAACAUAUAGUUGCCUUCAACAUGCUAAAUUACAGAGCAUGCAAAAAUCUAUGGAAAUCUUGUGUAGAGCAUCACACGUUUUUUCAGACAAAGUCGUCACUACCUCAUGAAAGAAAGAUAUUGUCCCAUUAUUGGACCUUUGGUUCUAGAAACCCAACAAAGUCUGUAAACAGCCACUACUGCAGAAAAGUCAUAGGUGGGAUGGUAUGGAACCCAACUAUGAGGAGAUCUUUAUCGGUUGAACAUCUAGAGACCAAAAGCCUGCCUUCUCGGUCUCCUCCUGUUACCCCUACUUGGAGGAGUCCUAGACUACGUCAUGAGAUUCGUAAACCACGACACUCAUCUGUAGACAACCUUACAAAUGAGAUUGCCUAUAUUACAGAAACAGAGGAUGUUUUUUACACGUAUAAGGGUUCUUCAACAUCAAAGGACAGUGAUUCAGAGUUCUCCCAGAACCGCAGUCCACGGAGGAGGUCAUCUGAACAAGAAUCACCAAAGAAUGUAUUGGAAAAUAGUCCAACACAGAACUGUCUGACUCAUACCUCACCGAUUGCCUUGUCCCAGUCUCCCAAUGGAGUUGGUAACUUUUCAGGCUCUUAUCCAUUGGAUGGGGUGGACAAACAGUUUUUAGAAACAUAUGACAAUGUCACAAAAGGGAGCUUAACAGAAGAUUCCAGUCUGUACUACUGUGAUAAGAAUGAAGUAAUUGAUGGAGAUUUGCUUUUGGUGCGAAUCACUCCAGAUGAAGAUGGGAAAUUUGGAUUUAAUCUGAAGGGUGGUGUUGAUCAAAAAAUGCCUCUGGUGGUGUCAAGAAUAACUCCAGGAUCAUCUGCUGACACAUGUAUUCCAAAACUGAAUGAAGGUGAUCAGAUAGUGUUAAUCAAUGGUCGAGACAUCUCAGAGCAUACUCAUGACCAAGUGGUAAUGUUUAUAAAAGCCAGCAGAGAAUUGCACACAAGAGAGCUUGCACUUCUGGUCAGGCGGAAAGUUGCCCAACCCUUGGUUGAGACCAAGUCAGAAGAUGAAGCAGAUUCCCAGAAUUUUCUAGAAUCCAUUCUUCGCACGUGUUCAGAGUACGGUGACACACUAGAGGGGUCUAUGGAACAACUGAAGAAAGGGCUGGAAAGUGGGACAGUACUCAUUCAAUUUGAGCAACUUUAUAGAAAAAAGCCAGGGCUGGCUGUUACGUGUGCAAAAAUACCUCAAAAUAUGGACAAAAAUCGAUACAAAGAUGUUCUACCUUAUGAUGCCACACGGAUAAUAUUGCAGGGAAACGAAGAUUACAUUAAUGCGAAUUAUGUGAAUAUGGAAAUUCCGUCAACUGGCAUUGUGAACAGAUAUAUCGCCACUCAAGGUCCUCUUCCACAUACCUGCGCACAUUUCUGGCAGGUAGUCUGGGAUCAUAGGUUAUCGCUGAUCAUCAUGUUGACAACCCUCACCGAACGAGGACGGACCAAAUGUCAUCAGUAUUGGCCUGAUCCACCAGAUAUAAUGGAGUAUGGCAACUUUCGUGUCAAAUGUCAAUCUGAAGAUUGUACUAUUGCCUAUGUUUUUAGAGAAAUGGUGAUUACAAAUAUUGAGACAGAGGAAGAGCACACUAUCACCCAUCUCCAGUAUGUUGCUUGGCCUGAUCAUGGUGUUCCUGAUGACUCCAGGGACUUUUUGGAGUUUGUCACCUGUAUGAGGCCAAAGAGAGUGGAGAAUGAACCGGUCCUUGUUCAUUGCAGUGCUGGAAUAGGCCGCACUGGUGUAUUGGUCACUAUGGAAACAGCCAUGUGCUUAAUUGAAAGAAACCAACCUGUUUAUCCCCUGGAUAUUGUACGAAAAAUGCGAGACCAGCGAGCUAUGAUGGUGCAAACAUCAAGUCAGUACAAGUUCGUGUGUGAAGCUAUUCUUCGUGUUUACAAAGAAGGAUUAGUUCGACCACUGGAUUCCAGUUAGUACAGCUGUGAAAGGAUUAAUUUCAUCUUCUAAAAACACCGGUUGUCAUAAAGCCAGGGUCUCAUUUCUGUAGGUGACUAGAGAAUUCAUCAAAAGCCCAUGGGAAGUCAGAUGAGCACAUUUGAGCUGUGGCACUUUAAAUUUCCAUAGACAAUUACUAAGUCAUGUACAGUAUAUAGAAGACAUGUGUAUAUAUAUAUAUAUAUAUGUGAGCAGUUGUGCAUAAUAUGCAUUAUAUACUUACUGAAAAGAAAUAAUCAAGGAAACUUCAGUACGUAACCUGCAUCUUUUACUGCUGUAAAAACAAGUUUUCCUCUAGAAUUUACUUUAACCCUGGUGUUUACCAUUCUAAACUACAAAAGGAAAACCAGCAGUAUUAAUAAAAAAGUGCCCCAGUUAAUGAGGUAUUGAGUGUCUUCAUCUCCUACUGAAGUCCAUGGGAGUUGAAUGCUAAACACCUUGCAAGAUUGGGACCAAAAUAUUGAAAUACAAAGUAGAGUUGGUCAUAUUAUUUGGUUCCUGGAGGUUUGUCAAACAUUUUACAUAAAUAGAAUGCCAAGGGCUAAACCCUAAACAUGUCCAUUAAGAGCCGGAGUAAUUAAAGAAUUAAGUCCCAUCAACCUGAUUGCAAAUAUGCCGGUUAUACUAAUAAACUUUUGAUAAAUCAAACAUAGCAUACCUGACCCCCAAACUAAUGCUGCUUUGCAGGUUUUAUUGAGAUCUUCCACAGCUUGAAUUUUCCAUUUUCUUGACCUUUCAAUAGUUUAUCUAUUUCCUGUAGCCUCUUCCGCUCUACUCCUUUGCACCCUAAUAUGGUACUUACUUAAUUUCACUAUGUUUUCUUGUGGUUUUUCUCUUUAUAGACUGAAAACAUUUAAACUAAAAGUUAAAGUCUCAUUUAUCUUUGUUUCCCAGUGUAUUUAUUAGUUCUCACAUACAGGAGUGGACUAAUAUUGCACACCAACUGCUAUAUGGCUUACUAUACAUGCAAACUGGCCCAAUCCAGUGUCGGAAAAAAUGUACUACUGAACCUAUUAAACAUGUUGCUGCUAACUCAAGAUGUAAAACUUGCAAGGACACAGAGGCUACUAGUGUUCAGAUGAUAAAACAUUGACUUCAUUGCCAUUCAAUAGAAAUCUUAUUCUAAUUCAGUGGAAUGCAGUAGUGUGAGGUGCCUCUUUCAUGCUUCUUUCCUUUGUAUAAAUGAAAUUAAGUUCAUAUGAAGACUUCUACGUAAAGAGAGAGAAUUUAUGCAUUGCUAAAUAAUUCACCCUAAGGUACAAUGGUCUCAGUUUCAUUUCAAAGGGGAGAAUUGGACUUUCUGAACAAUAUAACCACAAUUGUAUGACAUUAAUUUAUUCUGAAUACGCUUUUUGAUUGUCCUAGAUAAUUCUGCAUUUGUGAAUAGUAUGUUAAUUUUUUAAAAAAUGUUCUAUGAGAUUGUAUAUAAUUCUGUUAUUUAAACAUUCAUUCUAAAUAAGGAAAGUUGUCUAAAAUUUAUAUUGGACAUAUAAGCCAGAUGUUUAUAUGUGUGUAAAAAAAAAAUCUAAUUUUCUCCUAAUAUAUAUAUAUAUAUACACACACACAUGCAUUUUAGAACUAUAAUUUGUAUUAUGAGUGCUGUCAUUUGUAUUUAACAACAGAUUAUUUUAUAGAAACUACUACACCUGGAGAUGCUGCAAUCUUUAAUGACAUCCAAGAGACUUUUUUUCAGAAGAAGAUGGUUUGAAAGCAGGUGUAGUUCAUUCUAGAUCACUCACCCUUCUGGUGUGCAGAUUGGUCCCUUCUUGGAAAUUACAUCAUUAGUCGUAGUUGGUGGGGGAGAGUUUUUUGGUACUUUUCUUUAGUCAAGACGUUCAUACUAGUCAGAACAAAUGGGUUAUAUGGCAGCCUAACUAAUGUGUAUCAGUUGAAGAGUGAGUAGUUUUUCAUAUUCUUUCAAAUAUGCUAUUCAAGAUUUAGCUUGAAUUGGUGCUUGUCAUAUAUUGAACCACUAUUAUCUGGUGGAUUGGGCAUGGACUAGAAUUCAAGAGAGUGGUUCUAGCCCAGAUUCUGAUACUAUUUUGCUUUGACUGUGGCAAGUCAUUUAACCUCUCUGUGCCUCGGUUACCCCAUAUAUAAAAUGGGGCUGCUCGUGCUUAUUACCUUUGUAAAGCGUUUUGGAAAAAACACAUGAAAAAGUACUAUAUAUGUGCAAAUUAUCUGUUGUUGUUAUCCUUAUAAUACAAAACUUUUAGGUGUUAAAAAUUGUUGCUGCUGCUAGACUGGAAAUUUGGCAACUGCAGAAGGCUCAAAGCACUAAAGGAGCCAUAUCUCCCAUCUGAUUCACUGUCAGGAGGUUUCCUUUUAUUAUAUCUUUAGUCCCCUUUGCAUCCAAUCAGCACUUUCAGAAGUAGCACUGCCUCCUCCCCCACUCCCACCCUCCAGGUCCUUGAGAAGAAGUGCUGCUUACAGUUCAUCUUACGGGCAAUUGAUAGUGUGACUGGAGCCCAAAAAAGAAGUGGAGCAAAGAGUCUAAGAGAACAGCAUGAGAACAUUUACAGACUCCCUCGUGGUAUACAUUUGAUUCCUUAAAAUAUUUUAUUAUUUUUAACCUACUUGUGUUCCAGGAGGUUAAUGUAUUUUUGCCACUAGUCAUGCUCCUCUUUAUUGUGUCAACCAUAUGAUGUACUUACCAAAAUGCAAUAAGUUUCUUCCAGUACAUAACUCCAGUAUCUUCCAGCAGUGCUGUACAGCUUUGCCUUAUACGUUAAUGUCCACGUAAUGUUAAGAAUGUAGUCAGAUUUUGCUAUAUAAAGCUUUUCCUGUUUGGUCUGGAUAUCUCUGGAGAAAAGAGUGGAUUUUUAUUUUGAAUUUCUUCAAUUAAUACUUGGAUUCUCAGAGAACAUAUAAGGCACUGAUACCUGCUGUAGCAUUAACUUGAAAUAGCCAUUUAAAAAAGGCAAUUUGAGAAUAUCUGUAAUUAGUCUAUACUUUUUAAGAUCAAAAGAGCAAAUCUUAAUUUGAAAAUUGACCAGUCUACUACUAUUUCACAGUUUCGCUGGGUUUUGCACAUGUACAGUAAGCCUUUUUUUUUUCUUUUUUUUCUUUAAGUGCACAACAUGGGCCUUCGGGGAAUGAAUGCCUUCCUUUUAUCGAAUAAUGUGUGGUGAUUUUGCACUGGAUUAUAAACCUUAAAAUUUGAUCUUGCAACAGAAGCAUAAUAAAUGAAAAGUCUUUUCAACUCUGAUGUUUUUGUCACAAUUGAAUAAAUUUUAGUGAGAUGUGUGGGUAAAUAUAUAUGCAUAUAAUAGUUACUUGAUUAUUAGUAUGAGUUAGGCUCAUACUCACUAAAAUACUUAUCUGCCAGGGUGGAGUAGACAAGUAAAAGGAGAUGCUAUGAAGUCAAGAGUCCAUAUAAGCAUGCUUACCUCAUUUUUUCUUGUUAGUAUGCAGUCAAUUAAUUAAAAUAGUAUAGUACUCAAAAUUCAUAGCUUGGAAAAAAUAGGCCUUAUGUAUUCUUGUCCACUGGAAAAAAGUACUAAUAUUUAUUCUUCUGAAGUAAGAAAGGUAAACUUUAAACCAAAGUAGCUUUAUAUUUGCUACUAAAACAAACCAAAAUGCCUGUUACAAGUGUCUCCAGAAUUUUGUCAAAGGAGCACUACAGAGCCUUGCAUGUGAUGUUCCAUAGCUGUAGUAAGAGUGGCAGAUUUUACAAAUAAAAAUGGUGCCAUAAA